AUGAUUUUAUUGUUUUUAUUUUUAUUCGUUGUCGCAGCACCGAUCAUUAUUUGGACAUACUCCAGAUUAACUAGCGGUAUUUGUAAAUGUAGUAGACAUUUAGUAGGCAAAGUUGUUAUAGUGACUGGUGGCAAUGCAGGAAUAGGUUUUGAAACGGCUAAAGACCUUGCUGAGAGAGGAGCCAGAGUUAUACUAGCUUGCAGAGACGAGGGUCGUGGUACCACCGCCAGAGACAAGAUCAUCUCAGCCACAGGUAAUAACAACGUCCAUUAUCGACACCUGGACUUGGCAUCUUUAAAUUCUGUUAGAAAAUUGGCGCAAGAUAUUUUACAAAACGAAAAUCGACUAGAUAUUCUUAUCAAUAACGCUGGCAUAUUUGGAUCGGACAAUGUAAAAACGGAAGACGGACUUCUUUUAGGAAUGCAAGUUAACCACUUCGGACCAUUUCUUCUCACUUUUCUACUAUUACCACUACUAAAAUCAUCUUCACCAAGUCGUAUAAUCAAUGUUUCUUCAAUUGCACAUGCCAGAGGUUUAUUAGAUUUGAAAAAUCUGAAUGCAGAAAAAGAAACUGAAAAGGCGUACUUAAAAAGUAAAAUUUAUUGUACUUCUAAACUGUGCAAUAUCCUAAUGGCCGUCGAAUUAAGCAAUCGCCUCAAGGGAACCGGAGUAACUGCAAACAGCUUGCAUCCUGGCGUUGUGGAAACAGAUAUUCUCGAUGAUAUUAAUAUUAAAUGGUACCAACUACUACUACCUUUAAUUAAAUUAUACACCAAGUCACCAUGGGAGGGUGCCCAAACUUCAAUAUAUCUAGCAGUAUCACCUGAAGUUAGUGAAGUAUCAGGAAAAUAUUUUAUAGACUGUCACUUAUCGAAUGCGUUUGGUAAACAAGCUCAAGACUCACAAUUAGCUCUGAAACUUUGGGAAGCAUCAGAAAUCUUUGUUAACUUGAAAUAG